AUAUGCAUUGCAAAUAAAAUUACUUAGUGCACUCCAGCAAAUAUAUAUAUCUACAUACAUUCAUAAUUUUACGGUUCAUUGCAGCUGUAGUGCUAUUGUGUUGGAGGUUAAGCACAGCGCCAAUAACAGCGGAGAAAAGUGUGCGCGCAUGCGAACACACGAAAUUCGGCGAUUGCAAACACAAGCAAACAAUAAGCAGAAAGUGCAGUGAAAAUGGUGCGCGUCUCAGCUACUAAUCGCCAACAUGCCAGCGAUGCACAUGCAACGGCUCUCAGCAACAUAACCACUGAAACCCACUAUCACAGUCGCCAACGACAGCAAUCGACUAAUGCGGCUGCAACAACAUUGCCGAUGGUGCAACAGAUACUUUUGUUGGCUAUAUUGCUGUUGCUGAGACUUGGCCAGAGCGAAAACGUAGUAGGCGCCACUACUGACUCCCCAAUUAAGUUCAUUAAAUUGCCGGCACAAGCGCCAAUUAUCCAUUACACACAAAGCACAGAUGACUCACCUAUCAUCAGUUAUCGCAACAGCAAGGAACAUUUGCCAUUUAACUCUGCAGGAAACGCCGUCAACACCCACACAUCAUCGCCCAUUCUUAGUCGAUCCGCUUUGCUAUAUUCGGAGUACAUUAAUGCCGCUAUGAGCGCAGUGGGUCUAGAGGAGGAUGCAGCACAGCGACAACAACGUGGAAGCGCCAACGCCUGCCCUAGAUCUUGCCCGCCAAGUACAACAGUAGGCGCGAUACCGGUUUGCAGCUCCGAUGGUUUAAUUUAUGCGAAUCUGUGUGAAAUGAAGAAAAAAACUUGCUCCCGAAAUGGGUCAAAUACAAUGAAGGCCGUUAAAGAUGGUUGUGAACGGGCGCGGGGCUCUGAAUGCAAACACCGCUGUCCAACAGAGAAGGAUCCAGUUUGUGGCACCGAUGGCCACACUUACCUAAAUCGUUGCAUGUUGCGCGUGCAAGCGUGUCGUGUGGGUAUGGCUGCGGUUAGCAUGUCGCACGUGGGCGCCUGCAGCAACAUCAGUGCCAUACGCGAAUCCUGUCCAGUAGAUUGUAAGAGCGCGCCGAAAGAUGGGCCAAUCUGUGCAUCGGACGGCAACGUGUAUAAUUCGACAUGCGAAAUGAAAUUACUAACAUGCAGCCAAGGCGUCGUGAAGACCAGUCGAAAGCAUUGCCAAUCGACGCGCAUGUGUCGUGAGUCUUGCUGGCGCGUUGCGCGGCCCACCUGCGGUUCUGAUGGGCGGUUGUACGCCAGUCCAUGUAAAAUGCGUGCCUACAACUGUGGCAAGCAUAUCUUCGAAGUACCGCUAUCGUUCUGCAUGUCGCAGGAGCGAAAUAGUAAUGGCAGCAAAGCAGCUGAUAACUGUCCCACCGAAUGUCCGCCAACAUCAGACGCACCAUCGCAGUAUGUAUGCGGAAGCGAUGGUAAUAUUUAUUCAUCGCUCUGCGAAUUGAAAAUGCUCAAUUGUGGUCCUCAACGCAAAUCUAUACAAAAAAUGGGCAUGGACAAGUGUAAAACUCGUUUAAACCGAUGCAAACAGCUGCCGCCCUGCAAAGAUUUCAACAACUUAUUUGGGUCUAUAUUUUCUUCCAAUCGAAACGAUAAACUCUGCGGCAGUGAUUCAAAAACGUACAACAAUGAGUGCGAGUUGGCGCAUGCAACAUGCUUACGAGGAGUAAAUCUGGCUCAUAUUGGCCCAUGUACAGACCUAAAGGCACAGGCAAAGGAUUGUGGUGAGCGUUGUACACGAAGCGACAUCGAAAGCGGCCCUGUUUGUGGUUCUGACGGCAACACAUUCCCAUCAAUGUGCGAUUUCAAACGACGCACUUGUCACAUGCGCGUCGUUCCGGUGUCCUUGAAGAAUUGCUUGCUAACUGCCGAAUGCGAGUCAGAUUGUGACGCCCAGCCUCCAAAUUUCGUUUGUGGAUCUGAUAAUAAAUUUUAUAAAUCCGAGUGCCACAUGCGCAAAGAAAACUGUGGCAAGCAUGUAUUUGUUGUUCCUUUAAAACGUUGCCUAAGCAGUAUCCAAUUCAAGGGCUGUGCGCGAAUUUGCCCCAGAGAAUUCGAACCUAUCUGUGGAACGGAUAACAUGACCUAUCUUAAUGAGUGCUUUUUGGACAUUGAAAACUGUCGAACAAAUAACACAGUGAAAGUGAGUCACUAUGGAGCAUGUGGUCGACCAGAGGCGCCUUCGACAAAUUAUCUUUACUGAAGUGAAUUAAUCGUUGGAUGCGGACGUCAGUCCAACGUAAACAUCAAUUGCAAAUCAUGACCAAUACAUGGACUGCAAAUAAAGAGAUAUUUUAUGAUUUUUGUUUAUGCAUUUAUAUUUAUUUAAAU